CAUAGAAUAUUCGAUAAAAUUUUGACGAUGAUGACGGAAGAUUGGAGCGACUGCUCUAACAAUGAUAUCGAAAUGCGCGAGACAGCAGACAAAGCAAAGACAUCAGAUUAUAUCACUAAUGCCCUCAUCGCUUUUCACUCGUUCGCCGUGCUCUCAUACGGCACCAGUAUCAUCCUGGCUGAUGUCGAUGUGACCAAUCGCACGAUCGAGCUACCCCACCUUCACAAAAUGGAAGUUCCUUUCGACAUAAACACACAACGCACGUACAAAAUUGUAUUAAUUACGGAAGUAAUGUACAUGCUCGCGGCUGGCGUGGGAAUCAGCAUACCAAACAUUUUGCUGUUAACUAUGGUUCUACAUACAGGUGGUCAAAUAAACAUUUUGCGUAACUGGAUCACGAAACUUCAGCCUGAAACCAAUGAAAACAAACGCGAAUCCUUCGUUAUUACAACGAAUAAAAUCAUUCGAAAGCAUCAGAAAAUCAUUUACUUUUCGGAAAAUGUUGAGAAUCUGUAUUCAAUUAUUGCACUGUCGCAAUUUGCAUCUAACACGGUGAUGAUUUGUUUAUUAGGAUUUCUGGUUGUAACAGCGCUCGGUAGUCCCGGAGCGACGGGGAAAAUAGUGAGAUCUCUUUCGUACUAUAGCGUAACAAAUAUGGAAGCGUUCAUAUUCUGUUAUGCUGGAGAAUAUUUGAUCAAUAAGAGCAGGGCAAUCGGACUCGCUGCAUAUAAUUGUCAGUGGUAUGAUUUGGCACCUAAGCAAAGUCGUGUACUGUUAUUUAUAAUACUAAGAUCACAAAAGCAAUUGACACUAACAGUUGGAAAGAUGACAGAUCUCUCGUUGCGAUGCUUCGCAAGUAUCAUGAAUUCUGCGGCAUCAUACUUAUCAGUGCUGCUGGCGAUGCAAUAAACAC